UUGGCUGGGGGCCAGGGACAGAGGGAGGGUGUCUGCAACCCAAGCAAGGGAGGGGAAAUAACGGGAAAAGAGAAGGGGCGGCUUGGUUGUCUUGUGUGCCUGAAAGGGGAAAAAAUCUCUCCGACCUCGCAGCGACAAGACGCGCGGCUCCUCCUUUCCAAACCCGAGGCCAAAUCCUCGCCGCAGCAAUGGGAGUGGAAGGCUGUACCAAGUGCAUCAAAUACCUGCUGUUUGUCUUCAAUUUUGUCUUCUGGCUGGCAGGAGGGAUCAUUCUUGGUGUGGGAUUAUGGAUUCGUCAUGAUUCACAAACCUCAGUCAUCUUGCAGUCAUCACUAGAAGACCAGUCCGCUCCUAAUACAUUCUACAUUGGAAUCUAUAUUUUGAUUGCUGUUGGAGCAGUGAUGAUGUUUGUGGGUUUCCUAGGAUGUUAUGGAGCUAUCCAAGAAUCACAGUGCCUUCUGGGAACAUUUUUUACAUGUCUCGUCAUCUUAUUUGCUUGCGAAGUGGCUGCUGGCAUCUGGGGAUUUGUUAAUAAGGAUCAGAUUGCCAAAGAUCUCAAACAGUUUUAUGAUCAAGCAUUGGUUCAAUCGAAAGACAAGGAUGAGAACAAAGCAAAAAAGGCAAACGCUGUUGUGAAAACCUUCCAAGAAACACUAAAUUGCUGUGGCAGAGAUUCCUUAGCUUUAUCUUGGGUCACCAGUGAAUGCACUCUAGGAGAAGUAACAAAUGUAAGCACUUGUCACGCUAAAAUUGAUGAGCUGUUCUCUGGAAAGCUGUACUUGAUUGGCAUUGCUGCCAUAGUAGUGGCAGUAAUCAUGAUCUUUGAAAUGAUCCUGAGCAUGGUGUUGUGCUGUGGCAUUAGGAACAGUUCAGUCUAUUGAGAAGAGGAAGAAGAGUGCAAAGAGGUGGUGCCAAUGAGACCGGAAGUGCCACUGCCUGAUCAGGAGACACUUGUAACAAAAACAAAGAAAAUUAUGUAUAUAACUUUUCAGAUAUUAUCUUACAGAGCAUAUUAUUCUUACUUGGAAGUCUUCUUGUUCAUUUUAAGGGAUGGGGGAAAGGGGAGUUUUCUGUAUAUUUGUGGCAAAAUUAGUUACACGCCAGUUUAUGGGUUUAAAAAAAGCUAUCAUGCGGGUGGUUCCCGGCCUUUAUCAAAAAUAGCCUUUCUCUCCCUCUUCUCAGCCAUUGUUCCCAUUUGAUCAAGAUGGAGUUUAAGAAUUUAUUGUUUAAGGGGUUUAUCCUUAUGAGGAACGUGGAAAGUUUUUUUGCUUUAUUUUGUCCUCUGAUGGAGAUAAAGUAAAAACUUCCUGUUCCAACUUUUUUGUCUUGAUUAUAAGAACUCUUGGAUUCUUGGACUAAAUGUGUGAGCAUAAGUGUUCAAGAGUCCCUGAGCAGAAUUAAACUGUUUUGCUAUUCUGUUACUA